CAGGAUGGCAGCGCCAAACCAUUCAAGCGGCUUAGAAAAGCGCAAGAGAUCAAAGAAAAAGAAAUCCAGAACUUUAGUCUUGUCAUCAGACAGCGAAAGUGAUGUUGACACGGGCAAGAAGAGCAGGAAUGAGAAGGGUGAGAGUGUAAAGAAAAGUGGAGAUGUGAAGGGAUCGAGCCCAGAGAAGAUAGCCAAGAAAGGAAAGAAGGAAAAGAAAAGGGCAAAAUCCGACGCUUCUUCAUCAUCUCCUCUGCCAAAUAGCGAAGAUGCCACCACAGCAAGACAAGGAGAGGAACUAGUCGACACCCCGCCAACACCGGCAAAAUCAACGCCAACAACCGCACGCCCAAAACAAGACUUCACAUCCAUUUAUCUACACAAAGUUACCACCGAGCUAGCAGAUGAUCUCGACAAAGUGCGUGAGGCGAACGAUUUCACGAAUCGCAGUUUGCCGAUGUUGAUCCACGCUCUCAAGCAAGGAGAGAGUAUUUUCGGGGCGGAAGAGAGAAAGAGGGUCGAGAGUGCGGCGAAUGUGUGAGGGUGAGGGAAAUGGUUUCCACGGAUAGUGCGGCCUGACUUGCGGGGAAAUCAGAUUCUUUAUUGAAUUGCGGCGGCCCAAG